GAGCUGCUCCGGCACUGCGAGGGCGCCCUCGCCCCGCGGGUGGACUCCCUGGCGACCUUCGGCGCCAUGGCCGUGGUGACCGUGCGCCUCGGGCGCGCGCUGCGGCGAAGGUUGUACGCCGGGCUGUCGAGGGAGGCCGCAGGCAGCGGCAGGUGGGUGCUGCAGGAGGUGGGGGUCGGGCCCACCCGCGUGCGCGUCGGGUGGCUGUUCGCCGGGCUCGACGAGCGGGCGGACCCGCGGACCUGCGCGCUGCAGUUCGUGGACGUGGCGGGAGAGGCGAGGGCUGCGCUGGAGAGACACGCCGGGAGGGUGACGCGGCUGCCGGAGCCGGAGGAGGGCGUCGGCGCCGCGCAGGCGCCGUACAGCUUGCUGGGGGCGCUCAGCAGCCUGGCGGGCACGCUGGGCGUGGCGCUGCCUUGGCAGAGGGACGCCGCGGGGCCUCCGCGCCAGGCCGCGGUGGCCGAGGAGAGGGCGGCCGCAAUGAGGGACGAGGCGCGCAGGGCACUGGUGCCGAUGCUGCAGCGCCUGCAGGGCAUGCAGGCCAAGAAGGAGGAGCAGGACACCUCCGAGGACGACGUCAGCAGAGCGUACAAGAGCGUCAAGGACUUCAAGGUGCUCGCCAGGGGCGACCCCGCCUUCGUCGACAUGUCGGACCUGCGCGGGUGCCCGGAGAUCCGCAAGAAGCUGGCCGAGCUGGUCGAGGUGGUCCGCAACCCGGAGCGCUUCCGGAAGGUCGGGGCGACGCCCCCCAAGGGCGUCCUCUUCUGCGGGGAGCCCGGCACGGGCAAGACGUACGCCGCCCGCGCGGUGGCCUCGGCGGCCGGGGUGCCUUUCCUGGCCGUCUCUGGCAGCGACUUCCGGCAGUCGCCCUUCUCUGGAGUUGGGACGUCCAUGACCCUCAGGAUGUUCGACGAGGCCAGGAAGCGGGCCCCGUGCAUCAUCUUCGUCGACGAGAUCGACUCCCUGGGCGUGGCCCGUAGGCAGGGCCCGACGGCCUUCCAGGACGCGGGGGAGAUGGGCGGCUCCGUCACCCGCGACCAGGACUCCAACCUCAACGCCUUGCUGGCGAAGAUGGACGGCUUCCAGCCGUCGUCGGGCGUGCUGUUCCUCGCCGCCACGAAUCGCCCCGAGGUGCUGGACGAGGCGCUGCUCCGCACGGGCCGGUUCGACCAGCGCGUGGAGUUCAAGCUCCCCGACGCGGCGGGCCGCGCGGAGAUCCUGGAGGCCGCCGCGCGGGCGCUGGUCUUCGAGCAGCCCCCCGACUUCGAGGCGCUGGCGGCACAGACACCGGCGUUCUCCCCCGCGGACCUGCAGGGGGUCCUGAACAGCGCGGCGAUGGACGCCGCGUACGCCGGGCUGGACGCCAUCGCCGCUCCCGCCGUGGAGAAGAGCGUGCAGGAGGUGCGCUCGCGGAAGGCCAAGGCGAAGCCGGAGGGCCAGUUCCAGGUCACGCAGUGCGUCGACGUGACCUUCCGGGACGUCCGGGGCCACGACGAGGCCGUGGAGGAGCUGCGGGACCUGGUGGACGCGCUGAGGCACCCCGAGCGCUACGAGGCGGUCGGCGCCGUGGCUCCCCGCGGCGUGCUCCUCGAGGGCCCCCCGGGCGUGGGCAAGACGCACUGCGCCCGCGCCUUGGCGGGCGAGGUCGGGCUGCCGUUCUUGUCCGCCUCCGGCAGCGAUUUCCAGGCGUCCCGGUACGCUGGCCAGGGCACGCAGCUGGUCAAGCGGCUGUUCACGCUGGCGAGGAAGCUGCAGCCUUGCAUCCUGUUCAUCGACGAGGUGGACGCCCUGGGGCGGAGGCGGAGCGGCGCGGCGGCGGGAGCCGAGCAGGAUAGGGAGAACACGAUGAUGCAGCUGCUCGUCGAGAUGGACGGCUUCGAGGAGCGCAGCCAGACGCUCGUGCUGGCCGCGACCAACCGGGCGGACGUGCUGGACCCGGCUCUAUUGCGGCCCGGCCGUUUCGACCGCCGCGUGGCCCUCGAGCUGCCCGACCAGGCGGGCCGGCGGGCGCUGCUCGACCUGUACGCGGGGCGCUUGCUCGGCUCACGCUGCGGCGCAGGUUUGUCGUUGUGGUGUGCAGUGCUCAUAGAGCGGGGCGACCCUCUGCAGACGGUCCAGAAUCUCGUGAACGAGGCCGCGCUGCUGGCGGUGAAGCGGCGCCUGGAGCGCAUCUCGCGCGACUGCGUGGCCUGCGCCGCGGACCGUAUCGCACUCGGGGCCGAGAAGGCCAACCCGAUGCGCAGCGAGGCCGCGAGACGACUCACCGCCGUGCACGAGGCGGGGCACGCCGUGCUCGGCAUGGCGCUCGAGGGCCUGACGUUCCGCAGGCUGGCGCGCGCCUCGAUCCGGCCGCGCACCGGCGGCAUCGGCGGCGUCACGGUCUUCGAGCCGCUGGCGGAGGGCACCGAGGGUUCGUUGCCGGCGGGCAUCCAGACGAGGCAGGGGGCGCUUGCCAGUCUCUGCGUGGAGCUCGGGGGCCGCGUGGCGGAGGAGGCCCUGCUCCGGCCCUCGGAGGUGAGCUCCGGCGCCAGCGCCGACCUCCGCAGCGCGACGAGGCGCGCGAUGGCCAUGGCGGCCGAGUGGGGCCUCGCGGGCCCCGUGCUCAGCCUGGAGGGCCUCGGGCGGUGCAGCGAGGCGACCCUGAGCCGGGCCGAGCAGGCCGCCGGGGCCGUGCUGGCGCAGGCGCUGGCUAGCGCCCGCGCGCUGCUGGGCGGGCCCGCCGGGCGCCGCUGCCUGGAGUUCGCCACGGCGCGCCUGCUGGAGCAGGAUCAGGGCAGGCCGAGGCCGAGGCCCUGGCGGCCCCCGGGGAGGACCUGCGGCUGCUGCGGGAGGAGGCCCUGCGCGAGGCGAGCGGGUGGGGUGCCCCGGAGCCGCCGGCGGCGGCCGCCGCGGCGCUGCAGCCGCGGGUCGCGUGACGGGCGUUCUCGUCUUCCCCCGCCCUCCCCGCCC